GUGACGUCGAAGGAAAAUGGAGGAUUUAGGAUCACCGAAGCAAACGAUGCCAUCAGAGGUUGUAGUAGGACCUCUAGAGACCGCUAAUGACAGUAAUUCCAACCCAUGGUCGCCCUGGGCAACCUACAGCGCGAACACACAGGCAACAACUUCCUCAUAUCUUGACGGUUUAGUUCCUGAUGAGAACUUCGCGGACGAAUUCGAACAACAAUGGAUGGCUCACACAUCUGGAUCCGACGCAGACAUGACGAUAGCGGCAUUGCAGAAGUUAUUGUUUAGAACUGAGUUACCAGCACGUAGUGUAGAGAAAAUACUUGGUUUAACGGUUAGAGGAAGGGUUGUGCAAAAAGCAGAGUUCAAAUUCGCUCUAGCUUUAGCUGCAUAUGCUCAGCAAGGACAGGAGCUUAUAAUUGAUGUCGUUACGAUGGCAAAACCGCCGAUUCCAUACCCGAAGAUAGUCGACAUGCCGGAAGGUGUAUCUCAAAAUGACGACAGCUGGACAGUCGCUACUCAGGCAGAAAUGACAGAAACCGUCAUUAUAAGAUUAGAGGGUGAAAAGGAAGGCUUCUUGUUCACGCACCACAACUACAACAUCGAGUCAAGUAGAGGUGAUGUCUCAAGGCGUUUCUCUGAUUUCGUAUGGCUACACGACUGCCUUUUGGUCAGAUAUCCUUUCAGAAACAUACCGAACCUCCCACCUAAAAGAUUGACUGUCAGUGGACACAGUCUGAGCACUGAUGCGAAUUUCCUCGAGACGCGUCGUAGAGGUUUACAGAGGUAUAUGAAUUUUAUAUUAAAUCAUCCUAUUCUCAAAACAGACGGUUUGGUGUUGACAUUUCUUGAAACACCAAGCCUCGAGAGCUGGCGCAAGAAUACUAAAGUCGCGCUAGAGGAGGAAUCUCAAAUGCUCAACCGCGUCAAAGCGAUGUCCAUACCUGUCGAUCUCGAUGAGAGGAUUGACAAAUUGAAAGUCAGAAUACCAAACUUGAUAGAUAAUUGGACUACGUUGUGUGCACAAUUCGAGCGUAUCCUCAAGCGUAACGAGACUGAUGCCAGGGAUUAUAUUACGUUGAGCAUGACCAUGGGGACUGUUAUAGAGAGUGACAGUCAAUCCUGGGGACGUGGCCAAGGUGAUACUGUGAGCGACAACCUCACACUUGCGAAGACAGGCCUUGAAGAAUACGCUUCGGUAGCGUAUGAUCGUACAUUGCAAAUGUCGCUGCAGGCAUUGGAAGCCUCCAGGUAUGUGCGAGACCUGUACAUCGCCUACCUCUCGCUUUUGUCGAGGUAUGACAAAUUAACACCACAUUCCGUUGAGAAACUUAAGAAGAACAUGGAGCGCUCACAACGUAAAAUACAAACAUUGGCACAAGCUCUCGAACGUGAGGGUGACUUGAAGCAGAGGAGGAAAUUUGAGAAUGAGAUACACACCCAAAAUACAAUUAUUGAAUCGGCACAAGUGCAAAUUCAGCACGCAUUAACUAAAAGACAAUUCGCGAGGUAUUGCGUCUGGACAGAGUUGAUUCAAUUACAACACCAAGAAACGCCUCUGGUUUAUAACGUCAUAAGAACGCUAAUUAAUAGUCACAUACAAAAGUACAACGACAGCGGCUCAACUUGGAAAGCAUUGAAAGAGAAGUUGACUGUUAACUAAUGAUACAUUUUAUACAAAUCUUGGAACAUUCGACAUUGUAAUAUAGUUCUUUUGCUUUAUAUUCAUCGAUCAUCUAAUGGAAUCUCCUACCAAUCCCGCCACAUUUGUAGCAAUUCUCAGUUAUACCAAACAACCAGUCUGUUCUUUUACCCGUGCCAUCGCAUUUAUAGCAGAAUGUACCACCGAUUCUCGGAUCACCUGCUUGGAAGACAACAGCACCUGGAGGUGGUCUACCUGUGCUUAUGAUGCCAUUAAUUGGCGGACCUCUGACCGGCAUGCGGUUCGGAUAAUGAGAGUAACUUGGGUUGUAUGAAUAGCUCUGCGUCUGUUGCAUACCAGAGCUCGGAUAGCCAUUUGG